AUCGUGGAACAUCAAGCCGACCUGGUCGUUUCUUCCUCUUUCUCUCUUUUUUUUUUGUGACAAUAUUCUGAGCCUCUCCGUGCUCUUCUCGUGCGCAAAGUUCACGAAUAGAUUUCGUUUAUUCUCCGGACAUGUUAAACUAACGAUCGCCAAGGGAGGUAGGUGGAUAUUCAUGUGACGGUCAGAUUGACCGCGUGGGCUAGUUUAUGGCAUUCCCAAAGAAUCAUCGCUGUUAGUUCUGGGGUAAUCGUGCGGGAUUCACGCAGAUCCCUUGGGUUGUAAAUUGAAGGGCUCGGUGCGAAAGAAAGGCCAUAAGGCUUGAACACGUAAGGUUCAUUUUCGAAAUCAUCUUAUAUUCAGAGCGGACCUUAGAAUUGUAUAUUUACUUUAUUCCUGCACUGAAUCCUUCGAUCUAGAUAUUGUUAUUUCGCAUAACUAUGCGCGUUAUUAAAUUGAGUUAUGGCCGCUUUUGUGAAAUCCAAUUUACUCCGGAGCAUUACACGCUCCGAAUACUUUGGUGUAGCGGACCAAGCACGUAUACGCUUGGAAAAACAAAAAAGGAGCAGCGAAACUAGCUUUAAACUAUCCAAAUAUUAAUCAAGAUUUCAAAAUAUGCAAUUUUUGUUGUAUAAUUAUCAUACAAAAAUGUGAGAUAUAGGGCACGGAAAAAAUACAGUCCUCUUUUCAACUUUAUCUGUUCUCACUAAUUUAAGAAUUGAUAAACAAUGUAUUUGGUAUUAGCAGAAAGUUUUUUUUAUGUACGUCCACGCUUUUCUAUUCUUAUUUAAAUUAUCAUUAAACUUUCGAGAUAAAUCGAAUUCUAAACAGACGCACCGGUGAUUGCCUGGAAAGCCUUCAAGACUGCUGAUAUGUAGUGAAAAUGAAGGGAGACUAUAUAGAUUCUUGAGUAAUUAAUAAAUGUCGGACAAGUUAAAUUUACUCUUGAGAGAUGCCGCGUACAAUUAAGAGCAGAAUUAUUUAUUGCUUCGUCAGUCGUCGAAUAUUUACGAAUCCGUUAUUCGUGUACCAUGCUGUUAACGGGGAUGAUGAGGAAAUCUCUAGGGUGAAUCGGGAUUGUCUUAACUGGGGUAAGUUUGCGUGUAACUAUGUAACUUGACAUGCUGCAGUUUCACUUGCUCUUUUAGAAUUUGUGCCAAGUUUUAUUGGAUGUAGCGAUCGUAAUCGCACACGCGAUUAAGAUGGCACUGAUAUUACAAAAAUAUUGCCACUAUGUGGAGUUACAUAAAAAACAAUUUAGUAUUAUACUUUUAAUAAUGUGAAAUAUGUUAACUAUUCGUGCUCGUGUUCAAACUAAAAGUUUUUAGCAUUCAACAAGUACGCUCACGCACAUACUUUUUAUUUUUCAAUAUCGCUGGACACCUUACGUGCAACAUGAGAAUAUGGAUGUUUAAAUUGCUAAGUUUACUAUUUUGAUUGAUACACGUGCCGCGUGCGAAAUGCGGACACGACAAGGUAAACGUCAACUCGGCCCUCUCGAAGUGGAUCCUCAUGGGUUGAAGCACCUGGGGUGCAUGGAUAAUAUAUGGCUCCAGGGUAUUCGCGGGUGUAGAUGGAUGUACGUGAUCGCUCGAUUAAGUAUUGACCCAACGCCGUUUUGCCCAUAUAUAUAACACAUCCAUAUAAAUGACGGAUUAAAUUACCUCGAAUGUACAAAGCACAAGCUUCGAGAGAGAAUUCUCUUGCAUCAAAUAUUUAUAUUAUAUUUUAUUCGAAACGCAUGAUUUUCGUAUAUAAUCAUUUGUGUUCAAAAUUAUUGCUUCGAAUAUUAAAAUUUAAUCAUGAAAAGGGACUUACAGUAACAUAAACUAAACAUAGUACUAUAAAGUUAAGCGCAAGAAUAAUAAAAGCUAAUCGAGAAAAAAUUUCAAACGAGUAAUAACUUGCAAUUAAAUACUCUAAACAAGGCACUUAAAAUUAACACGCUUCUGUUUUCAUUAAUGAUUAGGUCAAAACCUGACGGUUAAGACCUUUUCUGGAGAAAGUUAACGUCGGAACAUCUCUCGUUCACAAUAAACAUACCGCAUAUCGCUGCUGCUUCUGUACUUAUAUUCUUCUGCAUCGAUUUUACUCACGAGAAGCGCGCACGCUGGAGUCAUCUAGCAGCGGGUCUUGGUACUGCUGAUGCUUGAAACUCAACCAGAGAUCUAUGCAUGCAGGAAGUGAAAUAGCGAGAGCGUGGAUAAGGCCAGGCCUUAUUAACUUUUGUCGCAUGCCUUUUUCCAACUCUGCCUCAGACAGGCUUUUAUUCCUAUUUCGCAUUUUUUCGUGAUAAAAAAAGCCAUUCUCUCUUUUUGUGAGAGAUGAAUUAAAUGUAGCGCGAGUAGGUGCGUCUCGAGUACACGUGUCCGUCCGUUAAAUUCCGUCACGCCGUGCUCGCUCCUCUGGCAAAAUUGGAUAAUCCUCGACGUAUUCGUCAAACGCCGAGCUCUGAAUAUGCUGAAAACGGGGUUAACAAUGUAACUUAAACGGUGCCUUUCAUAUUAGACCACGUAUGCGACAGGCUGUUAUUACGCGGCUAAACAGUGCAGAAAGAGAAUCGAAUUACGUCAUAUCGUUGCAAUGAUGCCCGGUUUGUUUAAACAUGCACGAAAUGUUUAAACUUUAAAUUCUCAGCUAGCCAUUUUAUGCAUCGCGCAAGUGGAUUGUCAAUUUCACGAACGUGUCUCCUUGCCGAGCAUGCCAAGAAAGCUAGAUUCGGCCGUUUUAUUAAAAAACGGUAUCACGAAGCUUUGACGGGAUCCUAAUGUAAACUAAUAAGCGAGUCAAGACGUCGUUAAUCUCGAUGUAAGAAACUCGUGUGUACAUUUACUCAGCGGUAAUUGUAGUUUUGAAUCUUUUAUGGCGAAAGUUCUCGCUACACGUAGCGCGUUCUUGUUAGCGCAAUUUUCGAUGUAGUGUAAAUUACGCACACAGCUGUGCACUACGAAACUUUUAUCGAAAUUCAUAACGAUUCCAGACGAGGCGCAUUUAACGGUCUGCAACGAUUGCCGAGAUUGGACGUUUCGUUAUAAACUUUCACGAUAUCGAUACGUCAUCACUCAUCCAGCAUAUUUAUUCGACAACUUGAGUGUGAGAUACAUUCGAAAAUAAGUAAUCGAUAAUGAAUAAUCUAAUUAGAAACGCGUGUGUCAUUAAUACUGCAACACCAAUACAUGCAUUCCUAUCGUGUGUUUGUAUUCAGCAUGUAUCCAGUAUGUGUUGUCGUGUAUUCAGCGGAAUUUUUAUCAUUCCAACAGAUCAUGCUGAACGGAGAAAUGCGCACUGCCGAGGAAUCCUGCAUCACUGCGGCUUCUGGGCGCCUGCGAAAUAUUUAGCAAUGAAAUAUUAGCGCCGUGCUGCGCACCCGACCUCGUUGCGCCGUUAAACGCCAAUUUCUACCAGGUCUCUUUCUCUCUCUUUCUGUCUCUACGAGGUCGAUCAUCAUGGGUGGAGUGCAGAGCGGAGCUCAUAAUCUUGGCGAGGCGUUAUGGGUGCAAGAGCGACAGCGGCAGAAGUGUCAUCGAGAGGCCAGUCGCCACGACUCCCACUCGGCACAGUCGACGCAGGAUCGCAGGAAACUGCUGAAACGCACGAGGAGCCUCGCAGUGAUAUCGGAGGACGAUUCUCGACAGGAUCGAGAGGCAGCACGGCAUUUCCGGCUGGGCCAGUCGACCUUCGAUUUGCCCAAGAGGCAUCAAUUAAUACCGAGGGCUAAGUUGAUUGAUCGGAAUUCCCUCAAGGACAGGCUUUCCAAGAGUCAGCAGCAUCUAUCAGACUCUUACGAGAGGUUCAACGAGGCAAAAUCCUACUACUCGCGGUCGACGUGUGGCCUUCACUCGAUCCCGUCAGGUCUCGUGUCUCUUCCAGAUCCGCUGCCCUAUGCUCGAGGAAAUCGUGCCGAUCCUGACCGGUUGAAUAUCCUCGAUUGGCCGGAUCUUCCGAGGCGAUAUCGCAGCGUGCAAAAUUUGGAUACCGUAAGCGGGUUGGUCGAUAUCGUCGAAGACAAUUGGCCCAUUGAAGGCAAUCGGAGCAUCGAUUGCAUCUAUACGCAGGUAAAGCGCAAACGCAAGGAACACCGGAGUCUAGACAGCAUCCUCUUCGAAGACGAUGCGGAGCUAGAAUACUUUGACGUGCUGAGUUUACUGCCUCUCUCCAACGUACGGCUGAAAUACGGCGGGGCUGAUCCAACGAGAAACGGCAAUUUCGUACAAAAUACAGAACGAGCGCACGAUCUAAGAGCGCUCGAGUACAGCGAGCUGAGCAGCGAACGUGAGGAAGUCUCGCCAACGAGGAGCGGCAACGUUACGAACGAGAAAAAAUGUAAGGAGCAGGAGGAGAUUAAUCUCGCUCGAGUUGACGACAAUUCUGAGAAGGAACUACGCGAGGAUCUCGAUUCCUCCAGGGAGACAACCUCGAGUCGGCAGGUCUCGGUUGAACGAGAAAAUCUGGAACAUCGAGAACCUGACAAUUUCGAGGAGGAAUUGGAGAUUAACGCGGUGAAUCAAUUUGUGGAUCUGCGCGGGUCCUCUUUGUCGUCUAAGAUUGAUCAGGAUCAGCACGGAUUGGCCGAUGUCGAAGAUUUCGUGACUCCUUGUGAAGAGGAUCGUAAAAUCGAGGAGGUGGAAGACUACAAAUCGAUCUGGAUCUCGGAUCACCAAGAUCGGGGCGAGAUGUCGCGAAGACCGCAAGUUCUCAAAGUGGUGGACAACGACGUGACCAGGAGACGCCAUCGGCGCUCCGUCGUCGAGAUUGAUGCCAUCGUCGAGGACGUGUCAAAGGAUAACAAGCUGUCGGAGAUUACAAAGGAAGCAAAUGAGCGCAUUGACGUGACUCGGAUUAAAACUGAUGUGAACCAGGAGGGCAAAGCUCAUGAAAACAGCACAAAGGAUGCGGUGAUACCGGAAAAUGCGGGGAAUGCGGAGGAUGCGGCGACGGUGGAGGACGCGAGAAAUUUCUUCGAGCAGAAAAAUGUUGAGCGGGAAGCGACGCGAAAUAAACAGAACGAGGGCAGAUUCGAGAGGAUCGUGAAGGAGACAUCCAAUAUCCUUGGCAAGGCGUGCAGCGUCGUGAAGGGCAGUUUAGGCUUCGAGGCGAGAUCAGAGAGCUCCGAUCUUGGGCUUGGAUCUGAUUCAGGCAGCGAAUCCCGCAGAAGAUCAAUGGACGGAUACGGCGUUGCGGACGAUCACUCGUCCCGAAAUGCUGGUAACUCCACCAUGGAAACGAGUGAUAAUAAAAAACCGCACACUAACCUCACGAGGUCCAGGAGCUGCGUAGACUCGAUCAAGUGCCAAGACGACGCGCCUGAGUUUGAUCACGUGCGUUACAAGAUCAUCAAGUCGCACAUCUUUAGCAAGAAUAUGUUCAGCACCGCUCGCGGCGACGUCACGUACGAAGGAUUGAUGCAGUAUCUGCGCGAGUACUCGUUCCAGGAAUUACUGAUGGACAACAACGUCGUGAUCAUCGAGCCGAUUCGCGCAGAGCCGGUGGAGCGGAAGUCGCCGCUAAUCCGGACGGAACCGUCGUGUAAAAUCGCUGGUGCGAUCCAGAAGAAAUCGGAGAAUCGCGAGAGAAAAGGCGAGCAGACCGGAAGCGGCAGUACUGUUAAGAAUCCCAAGCAAUCCAUCAAAAAGCAUUUCUUUUAUCAUCCUAUACGAGUGAAUCGCGAGCUGAUCGACGAGGAGCUGCCGGAUCCGGAUACCGUUAAGAACGUGAGACGCAUGUUCGAGGACACUCUGAAGAAAACGAAGAAUGCGCCUGACGCCGAGUUCACGCGCGACUGCAAAGGCAGGAGAAGCGUGAGCAUGAAGGACCUGACUAGCAUCGAUGACAGCCAAUACGACGAAAUGUCCGACAAGGCACGCGAGGAAUCCAGAUCCAGAUGUUCCAGUAGGGCGAAAGAUCUUACGAGACUUUUCGAGACCAAGUCCGCGUCGUCAACCGCCUCCGUCACCAAAGAGGAACCCGGAAGCCCGCGAGGCGAGUCGAAAACGAGGAUCCUCGCGCAAAGUUUCGAAGCUAAAAGCGGGAAUACGUCACCGAGCGGCUCAAACUACUCCAAGAACAAGAUUGGUUACCAUCAGCAUCAUCAUCAUCAUCAUCAUCAUGUUAACCCCCACCAUCACCAAAAUUGGGACUCUGGCAGCGUGAGUUCCGGCGUAUCGAGCGAUUAUCCCGACACCGAUCCCGGAAGCGGUGCUCAUUGCACAUCAUCCGAUGACGAGGACGUAAAUUGUAAUGACGAUGACGGUGCAGACACCAACGGUCCCGGGCACUAUGUGUCUCAGGACGUAUUAAGGAGAAUCCGCGAGUGUGGUACUUCGGUAACUUACUACGGUGGAAAAGUGGUGAACAUGCACAACGGUCCGCUGAUAUCACCGUUGAUCGGCAAUGGCUUCAAUCGGUUCGAUCGAUCGAGCGACUACGUGAAAUUCAAGCUGGUGAAGAGCAACUCCUGCGAUAGCAGGCUUGAACUGACUGGCAGACUCGUCGAGGGACGAUCGUCGCGUUGUAAUCGCGAUCUCAGAGGCGCCGAUCUUAGACAGUGUACCAUCGUGGAGACUCCCAGCAUCGAAAUUACAACGACUGACAGCAGGCAGGAGGAUGAGGAACAGAAGGACGAAGAAAUCGAGCAGAUCGAGCGGGUGAAAAGGGAACCACCAGUUGUGAUCGGUUUGGAACCGAAGAGGGAGGAUAACAAGGACUCGAGGACUUUUAAAGUUGAUUUCAAACUGGGUCUGGACGAUUCGAGAUCCAAUUAUCCGAGUAGAUUCACGCCGAGCGCUUUAACGAGGUGGGAGGUGAACACCAGCAACUGGAAAACUGACAAUGAUUUCGGCAAAAUGGAGUUUGAGGAGUUUGAAGUACUCGAGGAUAGUCUCAAUGGGAUCGAAAGCCAGAACGAAGCAUCGUGAACGAGAAAUUUCUCUGUAUAAUAUAUUUAUUGCUUUUUGAUGCGAUUGGGAUGGAGGGCGAUUGCAAAAUGAGAUAACUCGAUUUACUUUUAGCAAACUUGUAAGAAUUCUUGGCGUCAUCGAACUAAUGAUCGAGUAAACGUUGUUGGAUAAAGGAAUUGUUAAAACAUAUGUUAAUGGAUGUUUCUCUUUCUGAUAUAAAAUUAAUGAAACAUUGCAAAAUUGGUGAUAAUCAAGAUAAUUUAUUGGAUAUAUGAUUAAUACUAAUUAAUUAGUCUAUAUUUACAGGUGGAUAAAUCCACACAAGUCAUAUUUUAUAUAUAGCAAGUGAUAAUAAAUAUCGAAAAUACAUAAAAUUAUAGUACGUGUAUACAUGUAAGAAAUUCAUUGUAACAUCACAUUUGCGAUGUUUCGUGCAUCGCAAAUGAAUGAAAUAUAUUAAACGUGUUAAAAAUAAUCGUAUAUAUUAAUAUCAUCUAUUAACAUGUAUCUAAUUUGCGAAAAAUUGUAUAACCUUCUUUUCUUUUCCUUUCGUGUUAAAAAUUAAACUGACAUCUUCUUGU